AUGCCACGCCGACGCCGCCCCCCUCGACCCGGUGCACUCGCGGAUCUCUCGCCAAUCCGCAUCCUCUCCCAGAUUGUCCUCCUGCAACUCGCGUACUAUGCAUGCGCCGGGAUCCUUAUUCUCUUCACUGCUCUGGUAGCGGGCAAGGAGGUCAGCCUGGAUCUUCUCUUCAACUGGCAGAGCCUGAGCGGAGAUACCACGGUUGGAUGGACAUUGGGCCUGGUCUGGAUGUUGAAUAGCCUCGCCUGUGCCAUUUUCAUACUGCUCCUCAUCGCCCGCUCCAAGCUCGUCCUUGACUUUGCCUUUACUGUGCACUUUAUACACUUGGUCGUCACCUCCUUAUACACGCACGCUAUACCCGCGAACCUCUUCUGGUGGGCAUUACAGAUAUGCAGCGCGACCCUCAUGACUUCCUUGGGUGUAUGGGCAUGCCAGUGGCGGGAACUGAGACCCAUCAACUUUGGAAGCAAGACGCCCGCGCGACCACAACCGCAACCGCAACCGGCGGCCGAAGAAGAGGGCGGCGAGUCUAGGGGCAGGGGCAGGGGUAGAGGGAGGGACGGCGCGGGGGAAUACGAAAUGGUUGGCAUGAAUGAAGGGGACAAUAACGUCUGA